GAAAAUUCGUGUAAGAAGCGCUGUAGAACAGUGGCUGGUAAAUGUAGAAAAAAGCAUGUUCGAUGUGCUAAAAAAAUUUUUAAGUCAAGGGAUUGAAGACUGGAACUGCCGGACGUUUUCCCAAUGGGUGUUAUCUCAUCCAGGACAAGUGGUACUUACUGUGACAUUUGCAAUAUAAAUGGAAUGAAAAACAAAAAUUGUGCUAUGUAUCUCAAGGAAAUGCCAGCUUUACUUAUGGCUAUGAGUACUUGGGCUGUACCUCAAGAUUGGUUAUUACACCUCUCACAGACCGAUGCUGGCUAACUCUCAUGGAAGCACUACACUUGAAUCUAGGAGGCUGUCCUGCUGGUCCAGCUGGUACAGGAAAAACUGAGACUGUCAAAGAUCUGGCAAAAUCCUUAGGCAAACAUUGUGUGGUCUUCAACUGUUUUGAGGAUCUGGAUUAUAAGAUAGUGAGAAAAUUCUUCUUUGGACUAGUUCAGUCAGGAGCUUGGAGUUGUUUCGAUGAAUUCAAUCUAAUUGAUUUGGAAGUUCUCUCUGUCAUUGCUUCACAGAUCUUAACAAUUAAGGCUGCAAAAGACAACUAUUCUGCCAGAUUUGUACUGGAAGGAAAAGAAAUUCGUAUCAAUAUGUCUUGUGCAGUAUUUAUCACCAUGAAUCCCAGAUACAAAGGUGGAGUAGAGCUCCCAGAUAACUUAAAAUCUCUGUUUCGCCCAGUGGCAAUGAUGGUGCCCCAUUAUCAAAUGAUUGCUGAAAUAAUAUUGUUUUCAUUUGGUUUCAAAUCUGCAAAGUCACUCUCUGAAAAGUUAACUAACCUUUAUGAAUUAGCGUGCAAACAGCUCUCACAACAGGAUCAUUAUAAUUUUGGCUUGAGAUCUCUGAAGAUAGUUUUAAUAAUGGCUGGAACGAAGAAACGGGAGUUUAAAUGUGAUACCAGUGACAAUCUUUCUGAAGCAGAUGAAACCUUGAUUGUUAUCGAGGCUAUAAGAGAAGCUAGUUUGCCAAAAUGUCCUCCUGAAGAUGUCCCACUUUUUGAAAAUAUUAUAGGAGAUAUUUUUCCAGAAGUGACAGUUUUAAAAGUAAAUCAACUUGCCUUGGAGGUAAAAAGACCUUUGAAAAUCAUCACCGCUUAUUUGGAUGUGGAAUAUCAAUUACGAAACUAG